AUGUUUUACUCGCAGCCCGCCCAUCUUGCCAAGGCGGAUGAGCUCAAGCAGCCGCCGCCCAAGGGCACCGCCUAUUCCGUCGCCCUUCCCGGCACAGAGAAACCAGGCCGGAGCCGGAUAUACCGGGCAUGGAAUACCCAGAAGGAAUUGGUGAAGACGUUGGACCCCCAGGUGUUGACUGCGCAUGAUAUCUUCGAGUCGACUGCCAAUCGCCAACCUAAGAGCCACUGUCUCGGCUGGCGCCCAUUCAACCCGGCUACCAAGGCCUUUGAUCCGUACCAGUGGAUCACCUAUGAGCAGGUGCAAAAGCGGCGCACGGCCUUUGGUGCUGGCCUGGUCGAGCUGCACCACAAGCACAACUGCCACCGCCCGGGCCAGUAUGGCAUUGGUCUCUGGUGUCAGAACCGACCGGAGUGGCAGAUCACCGAUCUGGCAUGCAUGUCACAAUCCCUUUACUCGGUCUCUAUUUACGACGUGUUGGCGUCGGAUGCCACGGAAUACAUCAUCAACCACGCCGAGCUACACUGUGUUGUCACUUCUCUCCCGCAUAUUCCGACCCUUCUCAAGCUCAAGCCUUCCAUGCCCAAUCUAAAGAUCAUUGUCAGUCUGGAUCCACUAGACGGGAGCGAGCAGACCGGUUACUCGAAGCGAGCACUGCUGGAAUCCAUGGCAGCCGAUCAGGACGUCACAAUCUACACCAUCGAUCAGGUGGAGGCUCUGGGUGCCGCCUCGAAACGUGGGAAUAACCUUCCGUCACCGUCGGACCUUGUCACCAUCAACUACACCUCUGGCACGACGGGACCUCCCAAGGGCGUGGUCUUGACCCAUGAGAAUGCAGUGGCCGCUACUACCGGCGGUCUGCUGGCCGCUGGUCAGGCUCGUGGUGAUACAAUGUGCUCCUACCUCCCACUGGCCCACAUCUACGCACGCUUGGCCGAGCACACGGCUUUCUGGGGUGGUGCGCGGAUUGGCUACUUCCACGGCAACAUCGUAGAGCUGGUGGAUGACCUGAAGCUGUUGAAGCCUACUGCGUUUAUGUCGGUCCCGCGUCUCUAUAGCCGUUUCGGCAAUGCGAUACGCUCCGCGACAGUCGAUCAGCCGGGCUUCAAGGGUGCUCUGUCGCGACAUAUCAUUGCGACCAAGACUGCUAACCUAAAGGACCCUGACCCCUCCAGGGCCACGAUCCGACACGCUCUGUACGAUCGUAUCUGGGGCAAGAAGGUGGCGGCGGCACUUGGAUUGGAGCGGACCAAAUACAUGGUGUCAGGCUCUGCGCCUCUGGACCCCACGCUGCAGAACUUCUUGCGGGUUGCCACCGGGGUUGAUGUGUUCCAAGGCUACGGCCUGACGGAGACGUACGCCUUUGGCCUGGUGCAGUCGCCGGAGGAUUUGACAGUCGGCAACUGUGGUCGCCUUGCCCCGUCCGUGGAGGGAUGCCUGAAGUCCUUGCCCGACAUGGAAUACUCGGUGGAUGACAAGCCACACCCGCGCGGAGAGUUGUUGCUGCGCGGCCACAACGUGUUCCGGGAAUACUUCAAGAACCCCGAAGAGACGUCCAAGGCGAUGACGGAGGAUGGCUGGUUCCAAACCGGUGACGUUUGCACGAUAGACGAGAUGGGCCGUUUCACAAUCAUCGACCGCCGCAAGAACGUUCUGAAGUUGGCACAGGGCGAGUACAUUUCGCCCGAGAGACUGGAAGGUGUGCUCUUGUCGGAACUCGGCUACCUCGCUCAGGCCUACGUGCACGGCGACAGUGUGCAGACUUUCUUGGUCGGGAUCUUCGGCGUCCAGCCCGAUACCUUUGCCCCAUUUGCCAGCAAGGUUCUGGGACAGAAGAUUGAUGCCACCGACUUGGAGGCCAUCAAGACAGCUCUAGGCGAUGACAAGAUCCGCCGCACCGUGCUGCGAGAUCUCGAGCGGGUGGCCAAAAAACACAAGCUGGCGGGAUACGAGAGAGUGCGCAACUGCGCUUUGCGAUUGGAACCGUUCACUGUCGAGAACAACCUUUUGACCCCUACACUCAAGCUGAAGCGCCCCCCGACCACCAAGGCGUACCGCCAGCUCUUGGACCAGCUGUACGCCCAGGCUCUGGAAGAGGAAUCGACACCUAGGGCCAAGCUGUAA